GGUUCAGAUACCCGUUUCCUUGUCCUAAUAACGGCAGUAGCUUUGGUAGUUAACCCUUAAACCUUUGACCAUUUCUCUUCACUUCAUCUUCAACCUCAAAACCAACCAAAUUUUCCUUAACCAAACCCAAAUCUCAAACAUUCAACAAUGUCAAUUUAUCUCCUCCUCGCCUUCUGUCUCUUCUCUCCCGUGCUCUCCUCUUCAAUUUACCUUUCCCCAUCUUUAUUCUUCCCUAAUUACCAAAAAAUGCUCCAAUCUUUCAAAAUCUACACUUACACCCCUCCCAAGUCCUCCCUUUUUUCCUCUCCACUCGAAUCAAUUUUCUUCACCACUCUUCAAAACAGCCAAUUCAUAACCCUAAACCCCGAAGAAGCUCAUCUCUUCUUCAUUCCAUUCUCCUCUAACCUCUCCACGCGCUCCCUCGCGCGUGUAAUCAGAGACCUCCGAUUGGAUUUCCCUUACUGGAACCGUACGCUCGGCGCCGAUCAUUUCUAUCUAUCAUGUACCGGUCUCGGCUACGAGUCUGACCGGAAUCUCGUCGAGUUGAAGAAAAACUCGGUUCAGAUCUCUUGUUUUCCGUCUCCUAACGGUAAGUUUAUUCCUCACAAGGAUAUAACUUUACCUCCGUUGGUUAACGGUAAAAAUAGUAACAGUAACGAGUGGAUGAAUAAAACGGCAGCGUAUAAAGGCUUUGUGAAAUAUAACGGAGUCAAAGAGUCAACUCUGAUUGAUGAAAUGAAGAGUGAUCCUGAUUUUUUGAUUGAAGCUGAGCCGUCCGAUAAGAUGAACGGACGAGAUGGAAUGGGAGACAGCGAGUUUUGUGUGUUUGAAUAUGGAGAGGAUAAUUCUUGGAUAGGUGAAGCGCUGCGUUUUGGGUGUAUACCUGUGGUGAUAACUGACCGUCCGAUUCAGGAUUUGCCUUUGAUGGAUGUGCUGAGAUGGCAGGAGAUUAUGGUGAUUGUUGGGCCUAUUAAUAGCAUUGGUGGGCUCAAGGGACUGAAGAAUUUGUUGGAUCGCACGUGUAGAGGUGGCACGUGUGAGGGGAUGAGAAGAUUGGGUGUGGAGGCGAGUAAGCAUUUUGUAUGGAACGAAGAGCCACAGCCGUUUGAUGCGUUUCAUAUGGUGAUGUAUCAGCUUUGGAUUAGGAGACACGUCAUCAGAUACGCACGUAGAGAAUUUAUUUAGGUUGAAAUUUAUUCAGAGUUUUGGAUUUUGAAUUUUUUUGAACCUGAAUUUAAAUCUUGCAGGUGAAAUUUUUCUGGUUUAUCAUAGAGAUUUUGCAAGAUUGUAUUUAGUUGUGGGAUUGAUUGUUGAGAUUUUGCAAAAAAAAUUUAUGGCAUAACUAGUUAGAUUUAAGGUUACUUUUUUAAAUGAACAUAAUGUAUCUAUAGUGUACAUAUUUGAUAUCAAGUUUCCAAGUAUUAGUUACAUAAUACAAAUAGUAUGAGGAAUAAUCGUCAUACGGAUGAACCGUCUGAUAUGACAGUUGAAUGUUA